CCGCGCCCCACCCCGGCCCGCCGCGCGCCCCGCUGCUCCCCGCCGCCAGUUCCCGGCCGCUCUCCGCCGCGCGCCCCGCAGCUCCCCGCCGCGCACCGCGCGCCCGACGCUCCCCGACGCGCCCAGCCGGAAGUGAACUUCCAUAUUUGAGAACUGUGCUUGGAAAUAGAAACAAAGUAUAAACAUUUAACCUCAAAGACCUCCAGGAUGGACUCUUUCAAGGGCCCUGAAAAAGCAGCUUACAGUGAGAAAUCAGAGACUGAUACCCUUGGAAAUACUCAUAAUUGGCAAAUUCCCAUUUGUUUUAAUGACCUCAAAAUUUUAAAUAAUAAUAAAAAUCUGCUUUGUCAAGUCCUUCAGAUGAAGUUUGAGUGUCUGUCUGCUUUGGAUUCUCCAGCCCAGGAAGGUGACAGCAGUGACUCUCUGCCAGUAUACAGGAAAUUACUGGCUCCUGGACUAGAAUUAUCUGUCUGGAAGGGUGACCUUACCAGGCAUGCUGUUGAUGCCAUUGUGAAUGCAGCCAAUGAAAACCUUUUACAUGGUGGAGGCCUGGCAGGUGCCCUGGUGAAAGCUGGUGGCUAUGAAAUCCAACAGGAAAGUCAGCAAUACAUUUUCAGAUACGGCAGUUUGUCAGUUGGUGAGAUAGCUGUCACAAGUCCAUGGAGGCUUCCUUGCAAAUGCAUUAUCCAUGCUGUUGGGCCGCAAUGGCAGGAGCUAAAGAGAGAGGAAUGUAUUUAUUUUCUGCAAAAGGCAAUUACAAAUAUUCUGAAUCAGGUGACAGCCUCUGCUGACAUAGAGACAGUAGCAAUUCCAGCAUUAAGCUCUGGAAUUUUCGGUUUCCCUCUGUUUUUGUGUACUGAGAUUAUUGUGAGAACUAUCUGGACCUAUUUCCAAAAGAAGCAACUGGCCGGUAAUUUGAAAGAAAUUCACCUUGUAAGCAAUGAGGAUGCUACUGUUAAUGCCUUUAAAAGAGCCUCAGAAGUCAUCCUAGAAAUGAAGGAGCUGCGAUCCUGGGUUCCUAAAGAAGCAGUGACUCAUAUCAAUGAAAUGGUUGUGAACAAUCUGACUCUCCAGGUUGUCCAGGGCUACAUUGAAUCACAGGAGACAGAGGUAAUUGUGUCAAAAUCGAUUCUACAAAAAGCAGGGAAAAAAAUGGAAAUGGAAUUAUUUUAUAACAUGAAUAAAGAACCUAAAGAUGAAGACUUCUUAUUGGUCACAGAAGGAAAUAAUUUGACCUCUAAAUAUGAAUUCCAUGUGUUGUGGAAUCAAGAUUUUCACCAAAGCGAGGUAUUAUCAAUUGUAAUGGACAGGUGUUUGUCAGAAUGCAUUUCACGAAAUAUAACUUCCAUUUCCUUUCCUGCACUUGGAACUGGAAGCAAUAAUUUAUCAGAAUAUGAAGCUGCAAAGGUCAUGUUUGAGAAAGUGUUAUCAUUUGACUAUCGUGAUUUAAAAAAAAAACUUACUAUAAAUUUUGUGAUUCUUCCAGAAGAAGAAAAGAUAUUCGAGGUUUUCAUCCAAGAAAUGGCGAAGCGUAAGUCUGUAUCACAGAAUCACAAUGAACAAGUUUUAUCAGUCUCCCAGAGGACAGGAGUCAAGAGAAAAAGUGGACUCAGAGCUCCAUCUCCUGUCAUCAAUUUAAUGGGAUCUAACCGAGAGAAGAUGACUGAAGCUGAAAAAUGGAUACAAAGAAUCCUCAACUUGCAGGAGCACUACAUCAUUGAGAAUAACCUUAUAUUCUACCUUGGGAAAAAGGAACAUGACAUUUUGUCUAGCCUUCAGACCUCAAGAGUAUCUAUCUCAGAAAAUAUCAAUGUUGGUACAGCAAGUUUGGAGGUUAAAGGAGCCCGGGAUGACCUCAUUAAGGUGGCUAUGUGCAUUGAACUUAUGCUAUGUGAAGUUGGAGAGGAAAGGGCAAGAAAAAAGGAAAUGGACAUUUGGAGCUUGACAAGAUCUUGGACUAAUCAGCAACCAAAAAACCAAGAUGGAAUAAAAGAAAAUACAUUUCUGAAAUUCCUUGGGCUUGAAACUUCAGAAAUUCAGGAUCAAAAGAAACAAUUUGAAAAGUGUGGUUUACGAGUAGUAAAGGUGGAGAAGAUAGAUAAUACGGAUCUUAAAGCUGCCUUCCAAAAAACUAAGAUCAUGAUGGAAAAGAAAACAAAGGAGAUCACUGUUAGCCGCAGGCUGUUUCAGCAAGUUCCAUACCAGUUCUGCAAUGCGAUAUGCCGAGCUGGCUUUCAAAGAAUGUACUCGAUGCCCUGCGAUCCAAAACUUGGAGCUGGUAUAUACUUUACUAAUAACCUCAAACUUCUAGCGCACAAGGCCAGGGAAACAUCUGUCACAGAUAAGUACAUCUACGUGUUUGAAGCUGAAGUACUCACUGGCUCCUCCUGCGUGAGUCGUCCAUCACAGAUUGUUCCUCCACCACUCAGUCCUGGAUCCAUUGAAAGCUAUGAUAGUGUGGUUGACUAUAUGCUCAAACCUGAAACUUUUGUUAUUUUUAACCGCAUGCAGGCUAUACCCCUGUAUUUGUGGACUUGCACCCAGGAUCAUGUACAACAACAGAGCAUAUUCUAUCAGCAACAACAAAGGAAUGAAUUUGCAGCGACUCACCAUGUUUAUCAGACACAACAAAAGAGCUUUUCUCCACCACAGGCUUGGGGGACAUUUCCAAGUGGAAGCUCUGUUGAUUAACUUCUAUUUCAUUUUAACAACUAGCAUGGCCGUGUUUUGGAGCCACUAAAUAAUAGUUAUAAGUAAUUCAUAUAGUUUGAUUUUCAGAUGGGUUAUCUUAUAGACCAAUUGAGUUUUCAAAGUACUAUUGACUAACCAUGUACUAGCAUCUUAGUGUUUUUAUCUCUUGGAGUUAAGUGGUACCAACUAAAAUACUCAGGUCCAUUCUCUAUCCUUCAAGUUUCUCUUUCAUUCCCUUUGCCAUAUAGAUAACAAAAUUAUAUGCAACAGAUUUUUUCUAGUAUAUAAUCUAAGCUUUUUAUUUUCUGAUUGAUAGAAUGAUUUGAG